AUGACAAUAUAUAAGUUUGAGGACAGGGGUUCAGAUUAUUACUUUCUCCUCUGUCGCUGUAUGAAGCAUUCAGCAAUGAAGCUCCACAUCAUGGCUGUCCUGGUCAUUCUUUGCCUUGGCAUCUUCACCAUGCACACAGCAACAGGAAGUAUGAAUACUGAAAUUUUUAGAAAAAGCUCCUGUAUAGAACUGUCAACAAAGAAGCUGAAUGUCAAAAGGCUUAUUGGUUAUAAAAAGCAAAACAUUCCAAUAAAAGCUGUGAUGUUCAUCACCAAAACAGGCAACAAGAUCUGUGUGAAGCCUGAUCUCAAAUGGGUGAAGGAUGCCAUGACACAGUUGGAUAAAAAAGGUGUCACCGCAAGACCCACCACAAAAAUCAAGGUUUCCAGCAAGGACUGCUGAUAGAUUUAUUUAUUCAUAAGAGGAAAGGAAAAGACCCCGGAUGUUGCCAGUCUGUGGGACUCGCUGCUAAAAAUGGUCAGAGGAGCCAGCAUGAGGGCUGGAUUUGAAAAAACAUACUGGAUAAUAUCAUAGUGAUGAAAAGCUACUUAUACUAUAAAUAAGCAAAGGCAUCCUUCAAUAAGUGCAACGUGUGGGGUGCAAUUUUCUGCCCUUCUGGUCUCCUAUAUAACGUGGCAUGAUUAACUAGUUUUUUCUGAUUCUCCCCUCACUUUAUAACAAUGUAAAUAAACAGAGACACGUCUCCUUCUGAUGUAAAUUGUGCUAUCUAUAUUAUUUAAGAGAUUUACUUUGGUGAAGGAUCAGGCCUGUCAACAUCAGUGAAGUUACUGCUCAUUUACACAAGCCUGAGAGAGAGCUGAGAUGCACAUUUUUAUUUUUACUUUCUUGCAAAGCAUCAACAUAAGUGACAUCAAAUGCAGCCAUUGCUUAUAUGUACCAAAUUAAUUCAGAGCCUUAUGCAAUGGAACUGGUUAUAUUCUGUGUAAAUGUGAAGUAUAUUUAAAUAAUUGCUUGAAUGUAAUAAACGUAGAGUUUUUUGUACAUUAAUAAAACUCUUGUAAACCUUCAGUCAAAUGGUCUAUUUGUUUGCUUAUACAUGACCUCAUGACCUUGUUGGACUGCAUAGGAGAGAACGUCUCCAUUCUCACACAAGUCCAAGGUCCUAAUGUCACAUCAGGAAAUAUUUCCU